AUGAGCUCCUCUACUCCCUACGCCAAAGAGCUGCAGCUCGCUAGCUUAGCUGUGCAACGAGCAGCUCUCCUGACAAAAGAGCUCCUCUCGGCUGUUGACAAGGGUGCCCUUGACAAGAGUGAUGCCUCGCCCGUCACAAUUGCCGAUUUCGCAGCACAAGCAUCGAUCAUUGCAGCCAUCCACAACGUCUUCCCAGACGACGAUAUCGUCGGCGAAGAAGAUGCCACAGCUCUCCGCUCCAACCCGGAGCUCCUCGAAAGAACCUGGGAGCUAGCGACCAGCAUUCAUCUCAACGAUCCGGAAAGCGAAGCCCUUCUACACACUCCGAGCACUCGCGAUGAACUCCUCGACCUAAUUGAUCUCGGCGCAAAGGGCGCAUGCACCCCAACAAGCAGGACAUGGACCCUGGACCCCGUAGAUGGGACAGCGACAUACAUUCGCGGCGAACAAUAUGUCGUCUGUCUCUCACUAGUCGAAAAUGGAAUCCAGAAAGUCGGCGUCCUAGGCUGCCCGAACCUGCUGGAAUCAGGUCUUGUUGCGGAAGAUCGCGUCGAUCGUGAUGGUCACGGGCAGAUGAUCUCAGCAGUAGCUGGGCAAGGCGCCAUUAUCAGACCCCUGGGCCUUGGCGCUUUGCUGCCCGCACGGCCACUCGAAAAAAUCCCGCAGGUUGAAGAGUCGGGCGUGCAAUUCAUCGAUACGCGAGCAGCGAAGACGCAAGAUCUAGAGUGCCAUGGUCGUGUUGCGGCUGAGCUCGGCUGCUCAUGGCCGAAUCCGGUGGAUUUGUGGUCUGCGCAGAUGCGCUAUGUCGCUAUUGCGAGGCAGGGCGGAUGCAAUGCCUUCAUCAAGGUGCCGUUGAGCGAUAAGUAUCGCUCGAAGAUCUGGGAUCAUUCGGGUGGUAUGCUUAUUGUGCAGGAGCUGGGAUGUCUCGUUACAGACCUUGAGGGGAAGCCGGUUGAUUGUGCGCAGGGCCGCACUCUGGCCGGGUGUUAUGGCAUGGUUGUUGCGCCGGUCUCCGUUCAUGGCAAGAUUCUGGAGGCCGUGAGGAAGGCACGGGGGUUGUAA